ACUCCCAAAAGUCAGAGUGUAAUCAGUGUGUGUGGAUGCAGUCAGGGUGUGUGAGGAUUUAAUUACAAUUUUGUCGAAGCUGCAGUUGUACUUUAACCUCUGAAAGAUCCAAAGGUCUGAGCGCUUAGUCAUUUUUAGGAGCGCGGGGGGAGCCAACUUUAAUUUCACUCCUCUCGAGUGAAGCAACCGUGUGGUGCAAGUCGCUUUGUACCGCGUUUAAAGUUACUAAACUUGAGAAAAAAAAGACCGUGCGACAUGUCAGCCACAUGGAUGCUGUCACCCAGAAACGUCCGGUUUUUGUGCCGGGGGCGAAGCGAGUUGUUAGCGGGUAGCGGUGGAGCGCAGCGGACCGGCGGGGGUCCCAGGGUCCGUUCACUCACCUCUCCCCCUCUGUCGUCCUCCUCUCCCGGCAGAGCUUUGUCGAGUCUGAGUGCAACGCGGCGCGGGCUACCCAAAGAGAAAAUGACCGAGAAUGGAGUGUCGUCCCGGGCCAAGGUGUUGACCAUCGACACUAUGAACCCCACGGUGAAGAAGGUGGAGUACGCGGUGCGGGGGCCCAUCGUGCAGCGGGCUGUGGAGCUGGAGAGAGAGCUCUCUGAGGGAAUGAAGAAGCCCUUUGCCGAGGUCAUCAAGGCCAACAUUGGCGACGCGCAUGCUAUGGGCCAGCAGCCAAUCACUUUCUUCCGACAGGUCUUGGCACUGUGCUCCUACCCUGAACUGCUGAAUGACAACACAUUCCCAGAGGAUGCUAAAAGUAGAGCACGCCGCAUUCUGCAGUCCUGUGGAGGGAACAGUAUGGGCUCCUACAGUGCCAGUCAGGGCAUCAACUCCGUGCGUGAGGAUGUGGCCCGCUACAUUGAGCGAAGAGAUGGCGGCGUGCCCUGCAACCCAGACGACAUUUACCUCACCACAGGGGCCAGUGACGGCAUUGUGACCAUGUUGAAGCUGCUGGUUUGUGGUGAGGGUGCGACCCGUACAGGCGUCAUGAUCUCCAUACCCCAGUAUCCGCUGUACUCUGCUGCGCUAGCCGAACUGGGCGCCGUGCAGAUCAACUAUUACCUUAAUGAGGAUAAGUGCUGGAGUCUGGACAUCAGCGAGUUGCAGCGCUCUCUGGAUGAGGCCCGGCGCCACUGCAACCCAAGAGCCUUGUGCAUCAUCAAUCCUGGAAACCCCACCGGUCAGGUUCAGAGCAGAGAGUGCAUUGAGGAGGUAAUCCGAUUUGCGGCAAAGGAACGUCUCUUCCUCAUGGCUGAUGAGGUGUACCAGGAUAACGUGUAUGCUGACGGUUGCCAGUUCCACUCCUUUAAGAAGGUUCUGUUUGAAAUGGGGCCAGAGUACUCAAAUACAGUGGAGCUGGCGUCUUUCCACUCCACCUCCAAGUGUUACAUGGGAGAGUGUGGCUUCCGUGGAGGCUACAUGGAGAUCAUCAACAUGGACGAUGAGGUGAAGGCCCAGCUGACCAAGCUGGUGUCUGUCCGUCUGUGUCCUCCUGUUCCUGGACAGGCUCUCAUGGACCUGGUGGUCAACCCCCCGCAGCCUGGGGAACCCUCGUAUGACAAGUUCAUCAAGGAGCGCACAGCCACCUUAAGUGUCUUAUCGGAGAAGGCCAAACUCACAGAGCAAGUUCUCAAUACUGUGCAGGGCAUCAGCUGCAAUCCUGUGCAGGGCGCGAUGUACUCCUUCCCUCGCAUAAGCAUCCCUGAGAAGGCCGUCAAAGAGGCCACGGACAAAGGUCAGCAGCCAGACAUGUUUUACUGCAUGAAGAUGCUGGAGGAGACGGGGAUCUGCCUCGUACCUGGAAGCGGCUUCGGCCAGCGGGAUGGAACAUACCACUUCAGAAUGACCAUCUUGCCGCCAACAGACAAGCUGAAGAUCCUGCUGAACAAAGUCAAGGAGUUCCACCAGAAAUUCACACAGCAGUAUUCAUAAAUUGCCACAUCUCUUCCUCUUUUUACCAAAGAGAGGAAACCCGCCAAACACAACAAACAGAACUCUGCCAAUCAGAAUUUAUCUGUCACUACUAAGUGCCUUUCCUCCGGUGGCUUUGUGGUCUCUGUGAUGACGCACCUCAGCCUCCACAUCUCAUUUAGACGUUCACAGACGGUAAACAAGGCUCUGUUUUGUGUCAGAAAACACAACUGGAAAUGAAGGAAUCGUCAAGUUUGGUUUGAAAAAUACUGUAUGGUUUCAGCUUUGAAGGAUGUAUGUAUUGUAGGUGUGUGUAUUUGUGUAUAUGAGAGAUAGAUGGUCUUUGUAAGCUAAAAAAAAAAAGGCACAACUGAAGGAAAAAACGAUGCUGCUUAAAACUUUUAGUACAACUGGUUAAAAUAUUCCAUUCCUGCAGGCAGUCUUUGACAGGGGAAAUAUGCAGAGAAGUCCCCAUUUGCAUGAUGAUUUUGUAGAAUCAAAAUAAACGUAACAGUCGA